AUGGGAGACCUUUCUAAAGGCACUUUUGGGCCCGACACCAUCAAAGCAACCGGCAUCGCUUUGAUUGUGCUCACCUCGCUGGUUCUGGGUAUACGGUUUGCGGGUUCCAUUCGGAGCCUUAAGGAUCUCAGGGCCGAGGACUAUCUGCUCCUAGUCAGCUAUCUGUUCUUUUUGACGCUGAGCAUUCUUUACAUCUAUAUCGCCCCCGCCGUCUUUCGCUUAGCUGCGGUGAGUGCUGGAACGCUUGCGCCUUAUGCCACCAUCAAGGAAGAUGGGCGUCAAAUGCAGAUUGUCUUUUUUGUCACGACGUCCUCGCUAUGGUUCUGUCUGUGGAUGAUCAAGUUCUCCCUCUUAGCGAUGUAUAAACGGCUCCUGGUCGGGAAAAAAUACACCAUCGCCUGGUGGAUUAUCCUAGGAGGCUGUAUCGUGUUUAUCUUUGGCUGCCUUCUCUCAUCAUGGUUGUCGUGCGCGAACUUCCAAGCGUGGUUUACAUCGGGCGGAUGCGGUCGACCACAGGACCACCGUGCCGCCAUCAUCAGCUUGUACUUUUCAUACGCGGCGGACAUCAUCACCGAUCUAGCUAUCAUGAUCCUUCCUCUCCGCCUCAUCUGGAACUUACAAAUGAAACGGCGCCAAAAACUCAGCAUUGGCGGACUGUUCUGCUUCGGUUGGGUGUGCAUCCUUAUUUCGACCAUCCGUGUCGUCCAGCUCGGAAAGACCGAGAACGGCAGCCCGGCCCCAUCAUGGCUAGCGCUAUGGGGAACGAUCGAAGCCUCAAUCGCCGUUAUGAUCGGCUGCUGCCCCGGUCUCUAUCGUGUCAUCAAAACCGCAGUCUCGCCCUCCACGAUUUCCUACCCCUACGACUCAUACACAAUGCGUGGACGCGGUGCCAGUGGUAUGCCGUCGCAUCGAUCGGCUCGAUCGAACGGGCUUGGGGGCCCGGAUAUCGCGUUGCAUAGCUUUUCGGGGAAAGGCGAGUCGUACCAGUCAACGAGUGCAUAUCGAUCGACCAGUCCGGCUAGCAGUCAGGAGAAACUGGCCCCUCCGAAUGACCGAGGCAAUAUCAUGGUUAAUUAUGGCGUUGCAGUCACGAUUGAAGAUCGAUCGAGUGAUUAUGGCCGGACUACCGGUUUUGUAUGA